UUAUUUACUACAACUGCUACUCAUUAAAUAUUUCAGGUUUAUUUACGAUCAUAAAAAACGACUCAUCUCUAAAUUAUCCAAUUUAUUCAUGUGUGUGUGUGUCACUGCGUUUGUGGGUAGAAAAUACUUCGGAAUCAUUAUCAGUCAUAUCAAACCUACAACUAUCAUUCAGUUAUAUAGUUUCGCUGUAUAAUCUCGAUCAUGUAGCAACACAAACUGUAGCAACAAUAGAAGUCAAAAUUACAGAACAAAAGUAUGCAACGUUUGUUUUCCAUUCAAGUCGCGGCGAAACCAUCAGCAGAGUCUAUGGAAGAAGCGUCACAUACAAGUGUCGACGAUCAACGCGUAAAUUUGUUAGGGGAAUGUUGUUCCUCAUUGCUGGAUCAAAACACUUUUAGUUUGUUUCGUUCUGUUCAGCUAACUGCACGUGUUACUCUUGCACCGUUCUCGUACUUUUUUGUCUUUUUGGAAGUUUACUCAAAAUAAAUUAAAGUUUAAAAUAACAAAUAAAUAAUAAAGUUUGUAAAUAAAGAAAAAAAAUAUUACCGUGUAAUUACAAAAUUCUUGCAAUUGCGAGGUAAGGUGAUAAAAAAUACGGAAUUUCCUUCGUCUCGUCAAAGUGUACCUAUAUAAUAAAACGUAACGGCAAUGUUUGUGCGAUAAUGCUAAAUAAAUAACGAAAUUAGUGACUGACUGGAAAACAAAACCAUUUGUCAGAACUAUUUGGCUUGUUUAUGUCAUCUUCGACGAGAAAGAGAAAGUGAUGAUAAGAAAAUAAACAAGAAUCGUUUAUCCAGUGAAGCGAUCUUUGAUUAGUGCGCGACAACGCUUUUGAUGCCCAUUGGCAAGAGGAGCUUUUCUGCGUUUGUCCAACACACAGCAAUAAAUCAGUUGAAAAAGAGAGGAAAAAUCAUAAAAUAAAGCUGUUUUCACGGAAACAUUUACGUCGUUCAACACAAAAGCGUUUCUUGAAGCUUAAUGAGAUGCAAUAAAAGACAAUAAUUCUGUUUGUUUUGAAAAAGUUAUUUUUUUAAUCUCGACAAUAAUACACAAACAAUACAAGAACAAAGGAAAGAAGGAACUGUGAUAAUAUUUAAAAAGUUUUAAAAAUUUGUUUGUACAUGAUGACAAUAAAUAAUAAUUACUAAAAACAAAACAAAAUAAUUCAAAGACAUAUUUUUGAUAUCGAAAAAAAUAACAAUAAAGAAGAAAAUUGCCAAAAAAAAUACGCAGCAUGGAUCGUUCAAGCACCCCUGAAGUCGUUGUACAUGACAGCAAAUCUACAGACUUAAUAAAGCCAACGUCACCCACGAGUGAAAAGGCUCCUGGCGGGGCAUCCCAAGGCGAAUACAAAGUUUACAAACGCCGAUGGAUCGUUCUGGGGCUUUUUGUUUUGUACAGUGCCUCGAAUGCACUCCAAUGGAUUCAAUAUUCCAUAAUUGCAAACGUUGUGCAGCGAUAUUACAACAUCUCAAGCACUUGGGUAGAUUGGACCAGCAUGAUUUACAUGAUUCUCUACAUUCCGUUAAUCUUUCCCGGUAGUUGGUUACUUGAUAAAUUGGGCCUUCGUAUUAUUGCAAUAUCUGGUGCAUUCGGGACAUGUUUAGGCGCAUGGAUUAAAACGUUCUCUGUCAGUCCAGAUUUAUUCUAUGUUGGCUUUAUUGGGCACUCAAUAGUUGCUGCUUCGCAGGUUUUUAUUUUAUCUCUGCCUGCACGCGUCGCUGCUGUAUGGUUUGGUCCGAGUCAAGUGUCAUCUGCCUGUAGUCUUGGCGUUUUCGGUAAUCAAUUAGGCGUUGCCAUGGGAUUUCUCAUACCUCCGAUGUUAGUUAAAAAUCACGAUGAUCUCGAUUUGGUUGGCGCUGACCUAAAAUUUAUGUUUUAUCUUGUGGCUGGAUUCACAACAGUAUUGUUAGUUUUAAUAAUUUUAUUCUUUCAAGCAGCACCGCCAACACCCCCAUCAGGCGCUCAACUGAGCAAAGAUUCAGAAGGCGGCGUACAGUCUGGUUCGUUCCUGCAAUCGUUAAAGCGAUUAUUACUUAAUCACAACUACAUCUUGCUUCUAAUAUCGUAUGGCAUGAAUGUUGGAGUAUUUUACGCUAUUUCGACAUUAUUAAAUCAAAUUGUUCUAUUUCAUUAUCCGGGCGCAGAAGAAGAUGCUGGAAGAAUUGGGCUUUGUAUUGUCGUUGCUGGAAUGCUUGGAUCUGUUUGCUGUGGCAUUGUUCUCGAUAAGACACAUCGCUUCAAAGAAACCACGCUCGCCGUUUAUGUGUUCACAGCAAUUGGAAUGUGGAUUUACACAUUUACAUUGUCAAUAGGCCAUAUUGCGGUUGUUUAUGUCACUUCAUCAUUGUUGGGAUUCUUCAUGACGGGAUAUCUACCUGUUGGCUUUGAGUUUGCUGCGGAGCUCACAUAUCCGGAGCCUGAAGGAACUUCAGCAGGUCUUCUAAAUGCAGCUGCUCAAGUUUUUGGAAUUCUCAGCACGAUGUUGUAUUCAGAAAUUUUAUAUCAUUGGAACGAUAUCGCAGCAAACGUUACAAUGGCAGUACUUUUGGUUGCGGGAGCAAUUGUAACGCUUGUAAUAAAAUCAGAUUUACGUCGACAGGCAGCUCACGCUAAAUAAGAGGUGAGGUUUCUGUCAAAUAAAAUGUUGAUAUUUUUAAACAGAUGAUUUAGAAUACAAAUUGAAUUAAAAACAUUGACAGAAAGUGUUGUGAAAAAGUUGUUGAUUAUUCAUUAUCUUUUUAAUUUUAAUACCAAAAUACAUAUUUUCGUACAAAAUAGUAAAGUUAAGUUUUAAAAAAUCCAUUUAGAGAACACUAUAGUAUUAUUGUUGUUAGUAUCUAUAAAAAAUUCUUUGACUCUCUUUUUUUCCCCGAAAACUGAAAAUUCUCUAAAACAUGUCAAGACAAUACAAAUACUACUUCUACUUCAAUAUCUUUCUCAAAAUCACUUGUUACUGCAUGCACUCUUAUUGUUAAAUAUUAUACGAAAGAUUCCAAAAUACCAGAAAAUGUCACCCGAAAGCUUUAUAUUGUACUGAAUGUUUUAGAUACCUUCUUGUAUUAAAAAAUAAAAAAAAGAAAAGCUAACAGCUUAUGAAAGUUCUUUUAAAGCAAACAUAGUAGUAUAUAUAUUUAGAUGUAAAGAAAAUAUUGUUAUGUGUGCCAAAAAAGUUAAAAAAAAAAUAACAAAAAUAUAGCUCAUAAAAACUUUUUCCUGAAAGAAAUUAGCAAGUUACGAUACAAAUAAAGACAGUUUUAGUCUUACAAGAGAUACUAUAUCAGAACAAACAAUGAAAGUUUGACAAUAAAUCAGUGUAUUUCAAAAAAAGAAGAAAUUAAGAUUUUACAGAGGAAAGAAAGGACACCUAAUAUAAUUUGGGUUUCAAAUUUGUUUAGUUUUUUUAAUGAA